GGAAUCGAAUGAUGCCGACGUCAUGACGCACGCCAUGAGUCUCUCCUCGGGAAGAUGGCUGCCGUGUACAUGAUGCGAAACUGAAUGGACCGAAAACAGCCCCAAAUUGCUAAAAUUCCCCCCUCUUCCCUCCUCUGUGUCCCACUCCACAUCCACACACAUGCGUUCGCGUUAAAACGAAGCCGAUUUUAACCUAGUGUGAAGAACUAAGAUGAUAAUAUGACCCAGAAAAAGAAGAAGCGAGUGAAUCGCAGUUUGUUACUGGCGAAGAAAAUUAUCAUCAAGGAUGGAGGAACGCCUCAAGGCUUUGGUUCUCCCAGCGUUUAUCAUGCCGUCAUCGUCAUAUUUCUGGAGUUCUUCGCUUGGGGUUUGCUGACAGCACCUACUUUGGGAGCUCUUCAUGAAACAUUCCCGAAACACACGUUUCUCAUGAAUGGCUUGAUUCAGGGGGUCAAGGGUCUGCUGUCGUUUUUAAGCGCUCCUCUGAUCGGUGCUCUGUCAGACGUGUGGGGAAGGAAGUCGUUUCUUUUACUCACCGUGUUCUUCACGUGUGCUCCAAUUCCUUUAUUGAAGAUCAGCCCAUGGUGGUACUUUGCCAUUAUCUCUGUAUCUGGAGUGUUUGCCGUUACCUUCUCGGUUAUAUUCGCCUAUGUGGCCGACAUCACCCAAGAGCAUGAGCGCAGUAUGGCUUACGGCAUGGUCUCGGCCACGUUUGCGGCGAGUCUGGUGACAAGCCCGGCCAUCGGCGCGUAUCUGAGUCAGGUCUAUGGAGACAGUCUGGUAGUGGUUCUGGCUUCUGCCAUUGCUAUGCUGGACAUCUGCUUUAUCCUGGUGGCCGUGCCCGAAUCGCUUCCGGAAAAGAUGAGACCGGCCUCCUGGGGCGCCCCAAUCUCAUGGGAACAAGCAGACCCCUUUGCUGUGCAAAGUGCAAUAAUCCCGGGACCGCCGUUCCUCUUUGGUGCGUGUUCUGUGCUGCUGGCGCUCCUGGUGGCGCUUUUCAUUCCCGAACACCCCCAUAUGGGCACUCGUGCGGGCAGCUGGAAGAAGCACACAUCCCCCCACGGCCACCCGCACAGUCCCCACCCACCCGGAGAGGCCAAAGAGCCCCUUCUACAGGACACUAACGUGUGAUUGGGAGUUUCGAUGUGGCCAUUUUGGCCACGCCCCCUAUUACGCAUUGGGGAAGAAACUGCGCAUGGAGGUUAUUGUCAUUUAUUGAAAUAUAAAGCUAAAUCGGAGGCACGGUCAGUUUUGCGCUUAGAGCUCUACCUUCCUGCAGAAUUUCAUUUAAAUACACCUGAACCUGUUCAUUAAGGUUUACGGAAAUUACAGACAGGAAGGAAAGUCUCCAUGAUUAAGACUGGGCGUCCCUACUGAAUCGCCAAUAGAGCACCACUUUUUAAAAGAAAUGUAUAUAGAAGAACAUAUAUUUAACAAUGGUUCUGUCCAAAGGCA